UUUUAAAAAAGGGCAGUAACAUUUCCAGGAAGAGUGAGAAGGGAAAUCAAAAGUGAAACUAAUAGUGCCAAAAGGGGUGGACCUUCUGAUCGAGAGGAGAAGCCAUUAUCUACUUGUCACAGAGCAUAUCACGGCACGGUGGCUCUUUCAGACUGCAACUGAAGUCUUGGUUCAGAUCCAAAUCCUGAUGUGAAAUGAGUACAGAACUCCGCAAACUGCUUUUUGAAGUUUCAGAGGCUUUGGUCACAGACGAAUUGGCAGCUCUUAAAUUCCUCAGCCUGGAGCAUGUCCCCAGGAGGAAGCUGGAAGCCAUCCAGGAUCCCAAGGCUUUCUUUGAAGUGCUGCAAGAGAAAGACAUGAUCGGGGUGGGGAACCUGUCCUUCCUGAAGGAGCUGUUAUACCGGAUCAAUAGGAUUGACCUCCUGAUUGCCCACCUGGGCUCCAGCCGGGAGAAGAUGGAGAGAGAGCUGCAGGUCCAGGGCAGGGCACAGGUGUCAGCUUACAGGCAACUGCUGUAUGGAAUUACAGAGGACUUGGUUCCAGGAGAUGCCAGAAGUGUGAAGUUCCUACUCCAAAAAGAAUUACCAAAGAACAAGCUCCAGGAAAAUGCUUCAAUGCUGCAGGUCUUUCUGGAAAUGGAAAUAAAUGGGUUAAUUAAAGAAGAUAACCUGACAUUGCUGAAAGAUAUAUUACAGAGAGUUAGACCUGACCUAAAGAAAAGAAUUGAUGCCUAUGAAGAAAAAAAAAAAGAAAAUAAUUCUAGGGAAGAAGUCCGUUAUCCUGUGUCUGAGUCUGCACAUCCAGAGGAACAGGGAGCAGAGGGGAAGGCAGCAAAACAGCAUGGGAAAAUAUAUAAGAUGAAAAAUAACCCCCAUGGUUACUGUUUAAUUCUUAACAACCACCUUUUUAGAAAUCCACUUCACAAUAGAGAGGGAACAUUGCAAGAUGGAGAGGCUGUGAAGAGGGUUUUUAAAUGGCUUCAGUUUGAGACAAUUGAGUACAUGAAUCUAGAAGGAGAAAAAAUACGUGAAACAGUUAAAGAAUACAGCAAAAAAGAUCAUAGAAAUAUGGACUGUUUUGUUUGCUUCAUUUUCUCCCAUGGUGAAAAAGACAAAAUAAAAGGUGUUGAUGAUGAAUGCGUAAAUAUUGAAGAAUUAAUCUCCUGCUUCACUGGAACUAAAUGUCCUUCUCUUGCUGGCAAACCCAAGGUGUUUAUCAUCCAGGCUUGCCAAGGCUCUAAACAUCAUCCGUCUGUUACAGUAGAAGCAGACUCUUCUGGACACCUUGAGGUGGAUGCUAGUCCUUUGACUUCCAUUCCUGAUAAGGCUGAUAUUCUGAUUGGCAUGUCUACAGUGGAGGACUUCUUGUCCUUCCGCUCUUGUAAGACUGGCAGUGUUUACAUUCAAUCCCUCUGUAAGAAGAUGGAGUUGCUUUGCCCACAGCGUGUGGAUUUCGCAGCCAUCCUGACAGAAGUGAACAACGAAGUAGCAGGAAGAGAAUUAGAAGGAUCUAAGCAGAUGCCAAAGAUAACAUCAACACUACUGAAGCAAUUGAUCUUUGAAGUUCCACAAUGAAAAGUAGACAAAGAUCUCAGGGCACAGUGUGUCUUGAAUGACUGUGGAAUACUGGAAGUAAGCUGUAUAAUCAUGUUUCUGUUAUAAUAAAUUCUCUUUGUUUUUAUAUCA